UCAUUGGACUCCCAAGUCCAGACUAUACUCUUCCAUUUUCUUGCAAGAUGAAAGAAAGGAACCAUGAGUGAGCCGCUGGACAGUCCAGUCAACGAUUCUGACUUCCUGGAUUAUGUGGCUGCUUUGGGAAACUGCACUGAUGAGCAGCAAAUCUCAUUCAAGAUGCAGUACCUUCCUGCUAUCUACAGCAUCAUCUUUCUUGUGGGCUUUCCGGGGAACACAGUGGCGAUUUCCAUCUACAUUUUCAAGAUGCGACCCUGGAAGAGCAGUACCAUCAUCAUGCUGAACUUGGCCUUAACAGACCUGCUUUACCUGACCAGCCUUCCUUUCCUCAUCCAUUAUUAUGCAAGUGGUGAAAACUGGAUCUUUGGAGAUUUCAUGUGCAAGUUCAUCCGAUUUGGCUUCCAUUUUAACCUCUACAGCAGCAUCCUCUUCCUCACCUGCUUUAGCAUCUUCCGUUAUGUUGUGAUCAUUCACCCGAUGAGCUGUUUUUCUAUUCAGAAAACUCGAUGGGCAGUGGUAGCUUGUGCUGGGGUGUGGGUCAUUUCUUUGGUAGCUGUCAUGCCAAUGACUUUUCUGAUCACAUCAACCACCAGGACCAAUAGGUCUGCUUGUCUUGACCUCACGAGUUCUGAUGACCUUACUACUAUCAAAUGGUACAAUCUCGUUUUGACGGCCACCACUUUCUGCUUGCCCUUGGUGAUAGUGACACUUUGCUACACAACAAUUAUUAGCACCCUGACUCAUGGGCCUCAGACUCACAGCUGCUUUAAGCAGAAGGCUCGAAGGCUGACCAUUCUGCUACUCCUAGUGUUCUAUAUAUGUUUUUUACCCUUUCACAUCUUGAGGGUCAUUCGUAUCGAAUCUCGCCUGCUUUCAAUCAGCUGCUCCAUUGAGAGCCACAUUCAUGAAGCUUACAUUGUUUCUAGACCACUAGCUGCCCUCAACACCUUUGGAAACCUGCUGUUAUAUGUAGUGGUCAGCAAUAACUUUCAGCAGGCAUUCUGCUCCAUAGUGAGUUGCAAAGCCAGUGGGGAUCUUGAACAAGCAAAGAAAGAUAGUUGCUCAAACAACCCUUGAGUCAUGUCAUUUAGUCAAGGGUAGGGAGAUACUUCAGUGGGUAAAGCUCUUGACAUGCAAAUGAAGAAUUUUCAAAAUCUACUUAAGUUGGGUGUGGUAGUGAGCACCUGUAAUCCCAGGACUCCUAUGGUGAGAUGGAAAUGGAGACAGGAGAAUUCCUAGAGGCUUAAGGACCAGCUAGCCAACUGUACACUGUGACUAACCUCAAAGAGACCUUGUUUCCAACAAGAUAGAAGGGGAGGACCAAUGUGUGAGGUUGUCCUUUGAGCUCCACGUGCACACUGUGUCAUGUAUUCACCUCUCCCCCUACCACACAAG